GAGAUACACGUGUCAGCUGACCUGUGUCAUGUGAUCAAACAUCUCACAAAAGGAAGUUCAAAUUAGUUUCCUCUUUUAAAAGACGUUAGUUUCUUCAUAGUUGUUUUAUAUGUACAUAUUUUACAUUUUUGGGGUCGCAGAUCUGUCGUUUGUUUACGUUGACUUUCAACAGUCGUCGAGUGGAGCGAGCGUUUCGCUUUCUUAUGACAGCUGUUAACUCAUGCAUGACAUUAACACAGUAAACCUAAUGCUAUUAAUUUAUAACGUUAUUUAAGAUGAAAGAGCGAGUUUUGCUGUUUUUCCUAACGCUAUCUGUGAGUGUGUACACUGCAUCUGCGGAUGCAGAAGUGUCCAUUACAGCUCCAGCAAUAGUUGAUCUACAGCAACAAUCCUCACAAAACAUCACCAUUACGUUAAGUUCGCAGUUGAACACAUCAGUAACACUUUAUUUUAACAUCACAUAUACAUCCAAAAAUGUCUCCUUAAUAAUUCAGCUACCAGAUGAGAUUCUUGUGCCUGCAGGAAACACAUCUGUAACUUUUGAAGUGCAGGCGAAGGGGGUCGGGCAGGUGUCAACUUACCUUUUUAGCAAUGACACUCGUGUUAAAAGCUUUGAAACUCGAAUCAGAUUUUUGAUUGUGAGGAGCACAGUACUCUUCAUCAUUAACCAGGUUAUUGGCUGGAUUUACUUUCUGGCCUGGUCUGUGUCAUUUUACCCACAAGCAUAUGAGAACUGGAGGCGACGCAGUGUGGUGGGGCUCAAUUUUGAUUUCAUCGUUCUCAACCUAACCGGAUUCAUUGCCUACAGCGUAUUCAAUGUUGGCUUGUUCUGGGUGCCAUAUAUACAGGAGGAGUUCCUGAAGAAAGAUCCAAACGGAGUCAUUCCUGUCGACGCCAACGAUGUGUUCUUCAGCCUUCAUGCUGUAGUUCUUACUCUCGUCUACAUCUGCCAGUGUGUCGUCUAUGAGAGAGGUGGCCAAAAAGUUUCCAAAGUAGCCAUUGGGUUAUUGGUGAUUGCCUGGACCUUUGCGUUCGUCUCCCUCUUUGUUGCUGUGGCACAGAAGAUCACCUGGCUGGAGUAUCUGUACUACUUCUCUUAUAUUAAACUGGGUGUUACACUUGUCAAAUACAUUCCACAGGCUUAUAUGAACUACCGCAGAAAGAGCACCGAGGGAUGGAGCAUUGGAGGUAUUUUGCUGGACUCCACAGGGGGCAGCUGUAGUUUAAUCCAGAUGUUUCUUGAGGCCUUCAACAACGACAAAUGGAAGUUUAUAUUUGGGGAUCCCACAAAGUUUGGACUGGGCAUAUUCUCCAUCUUUUUUGAUAUUAUUUUUAUAAUACAGCAUUAUUGUCUGUAUAGGAACAGAGAUCAAGCGUAUCAUGACUUGGAUAAUCAGAAAUAGAUUAUCAGCACCUCACUAGCCUUAAAUCAUGUUUUUUUUGUAUAUACUUUUAAUAAUGUUUAAUAAAUCUUAAAGUGUGAACUAUUUACUGUAUAAAAGGGAAUUAUGAACACUUACACUAAAGCUAACAAUAGCUUGACCAAAGCCUUUGCAUUUUGAAUAGCAAGAAAACACAUUUAAUUUUAUAUUAGUCUAUAGAUUUGUAAAUUUGUAUUAUGGAUUUCAUAAUUUAAUACUGUCUUUAGUAAACAAUUAGCGCUUGUAUUUCAAUGAAUUAAAUAAAGUGUUUAAUAAAACACUACAGGGUAAAA